GUGAUAGGUAGCCCACACCUUUUGGCUACCAACGAGCGGCGCUCGACAACACUAAUCCCAUCAUCCGCCCACCCAACCACGACCAUCUCAGCACCCUCACCAUGUACCCCGUCUUCCCGCUCAGCUGGCCGCCGCGCUGCCCGCAGUGCGGACAGCCGUGCACGCACGACAUAACCAAACCGAACAACGCGUGGGGCAACGCGGGGCGGCCGUACUGGGUGUGCCGCAACGUGUCGCUGCACGCGACGGGCGAGACGCACUUCGGGGCGUUCGACGACGCGGUCGGCGUCAGCGCCGCGAACCCGGUGUGCUGGUGCCGGCCCGUGGCAUUCUACAGCCGGCGCGGCGCCAACAGCGACCGCGGGCGGCGCGAGUUCUUCUCGUGCGCCGUCGGCGCGUGCGGCUUCACGCGCGACAUUGGGUCCUCGGCGCCCAUGCCCAUGCCAUCCGUGCCGGUGCAGGCGCCGCAGGCGGCGUAUUAUUAUCAGCAGAGUGGUGGUGGUGGUGGUGGUGGCGGUGGUGGUGGCCAGGGGUAUUACUACGGUGCUGGAACGGCGGGCAUGGGGGCGAGCAAUGCCAUGGUGCUGCACCAGCCGGCGCAGGCGCAUAUGCAGACACAGGAGGCAGGGGGAUACUACUCGGCCUACUCGUCGCCUAGCCAGCAGCGACCGCAGCAGCCGCAGGGGUUGUAUUCCACUGGCUACUCGACUAGCUAUCCGACCAGCGACUACGGGCGAUACGGGCCCGAGGACAGCUAUCGCCGCUCUUCGCGCUGUUGUGGUUCUUGUUCAGUCAUGUGAGGUUCUUGUUCAGUCAUGCGAGGUUAGGCCACCCAAUUGAAGGAGAGAAAGCAUUCAUCGAUUCAGCUGGACAGGGUCAUAAUAUCGGCUGUACUCGAAAGAAAAUGAGUACUGCAAGCACCUAGCCAAAACUGCUCUUCGUACAUAUACACUAUAAGUAGGCUAUUUGUUCUUCAGCUCUCAGCUAGGCCAAGCACUACAUCGUGGCGAUUCCAUUCCUGCCUGU